AUGUGGAACAUGGAGAAAGGAAACCAAACAGCCAUCACCGAAUUCAUCCUCUUGGGGUUUGGAAAUCUCCCUGAGCUGCAGCCCCUGCUUUUCUUGUUCUUCCUAGGGAUUUAUAUUGUGACCACAACUGGAAACCUCCUCAUCAUUUUUUUAGUGGUGUUUGAUCAGCACCUUCACACCCCCAUGUACUUCUUCCUGGCAAAUUUGUCUUGCCUGGAGACUUGUUAUAGCUCAGUCAUUUUGCCCCAAAUGCUGACCAAUUUGUUAAGUGGAGACAAAACCAUUUCUUUUAGUGGAUGCAUGUCCCAGUUUUAUCUGUUUGGUUCGUGUGUUGGCAUAGAGACAUAUCUCCUGGCCACAAUGUCUUAUGAUCGAUAUCUGGCGAUAUGUAAACCUUUACACUACACGUCCAUCAUGCAUGGAAAGCUCUGUGUUCAGCUAAUGGCUGGGGCAUGGAUAAAUUCUUUUCUGGCUAAUUCCAUCACAGUAUUUCUGAUGGCUCAAUUGUCCUUCUGUGGCCCCAAUAUAAUAGAUCAUUACUUCUGUGACUUUUCCCCCAUGAAAAAACUGUCAUGCACUGACAAUAGCCUGAUUGAACUCAUUACCUUUCUGUUGAUUUUUGUGUUCACUAUCGCCCCAUUUCUACUUACUCUCACAUCUUAUGUUUGCAUCAUCACCACCAUCCUGAAGUUUCCAUCCACCACUGGGAGGCAAAAGGCCUUCUCAACCUGCUCCUCCCAUCUCAUUGUGGUUUGCAUUUUUUAUGGCACUAUAAUAAUUGUCUACAUGUUGCCAGACACCCCCACUCUCCGAGAUCUCAAUAAAGUCUUCUCGGUCUUCUACACAAUCUUAACUCCCUUGGUCAAUCCCCUCAUCUACAGCUUGAGAAACAAAGAAGUUCACAAAGCCCUGAGAAGAGUUUGCUAUAAAAUGGUGCUUUCUGGAAGGAUGCUGACAAAUGGAUCGUUGUAG